AGUACCUGAAUUGUCUUAUGGGAGUGAUGGACCCGGUAAGGAUACCAGCACACACCGAGGGCCGAUUCCCACCCUCUUAUUCUUCCUUCCUCAAACAUGCCUCCCUUUCUACGUUCUAAACUUUCUAUACUUUCUCACUUUCUUCCUCCUUCUUCCUUUCUUCCCAUCCAAACAUGUCUUCAAUAAUCCCUGUGACUGCUUCUUCUCCACUUGGCUUCUUCCCUCAGUUUUCAGCUUCCUCCAACCUCCAUUUUCAACAGUUUCGCUUUCCUCGUCUGCUCAACCGCACACUUGCGGCCUCCAUAUCUCAUCAUCUUAAUCUCACUUCCUCUAACAAAUUAUGUAGUCCACGCCCUAACUGCGAUCUCCAUUCCAUUGCACUUCCGGUUUAUACGUCUGAAUCAGUGGCCGAUAAACUUCGUCGGCUUGUUUUGGAAUUCGAGUCUCUCCUAGAGCCGAUUGAUCGGGUUAAACGACUGUUGCAUUACGCGGCCAUUCUGGACUCUUCGGACGAAGCCAUUCGACUACCGGAGAAUCGAGUGAAGGGAUGCGCGGCGCAGGUGUGGUUGGAUGUGAACGUUGACGAGUUCGGCCGGAUGAGAUUCAAAGCGGACAGUGAUUCAGAGAUCGCGAAAGGAUAUUGUUCGUGUUUGAUUUGGAUGCUGGAAGGUGCGGAGCCGUGGGAGGUUUUGAAGGUGAGGAGCGAUGAUUUGGAGGCUGUGAACGUUGGAUUGCACGGAAAAGCGACAUCUAGGGUUAAUACAUGGCAAAAUGUGUUGAUGAGUAUGCAAAUGAGGACCAACACUUUGGUUUCAAACAGUGAAAUGAAACCGCCAUUGGAGCCGUUUACCUCCCGUACUGUUCAUCGUCGCCUCCAUGGAUGAAACGAAGCCUGAAUUGGAGGAUUUAAUCUUCAGGAGCUGGUCGUUCAUCAUAACAAAUUGAGAAAGCAACAGGGUAGAUGAAAUGAAUCAAAAUUUCAUAUGAUCUGAAAUGAGAAAAGCUUGUAUUGUAAUCAUGCCAUACCAACACUGAAACAGGUAUCUUUUGAUUGUAACAUAAAAUCAUUAUGUACUAAUACCUCAUGAUAUUGGAUUAAGUUUUCCAUUAGGUUGGAAGAGUUUUUCUGUAUUAACUUCAACAUCAUCCAUUAACCUUAAGACCCAAGUUCAGUUGUGCAA